ACAACGGUUAUUAAUAUUGAAUCCGAAUCAGAAAACGAAAUCGUCGCGCCCGCUAAACAACAAGAGCCUGACAUAAUGGCAAACUUCGAUGAUACAUUGCAGCGAGCCCGUCUCGCAUUCGCAAGCGGCAAGACUAGGAACGUAAGCUUUCGUCGCAAGCAAUUGGAGAAUUUGCUGCGUUGCUAUGAGGAGCAUGAGAAUGAGAUUAUCAGCGCAUUGGAGGCUGACUUGCGCCGUCCCAAACAGGAAAGUUUGAUUGUGGAAACAGAAUUCAUGAAGAAUGACAUUAAGCACAUAUUAUUCCAUCUCGACGACUGGGUCAAGGCCGACAGGCCGGAAAAGUCGUUUGUUAAUAUGCUUGAUGAUGUGCAAGUCUACAACGAUCCCUUUGGUGUUGUCCUCGUCAUUGGCGCCUGGAAUUAUCCUUUGCAAUUGCUUUUAGUUCCCGUUGCAGCUGCAAUUGCUGCUGGCAAUUGUGUGGUACUCAAGCCCAGCGAGAUUGCCGGCAAUUGUGCCAAAUUCAUUGCCGAAACAAUUCCCAAAUAUCUAGAUAAUGAUUGCUAUCCAGUUGUCUGUGGCGGACCCAGUGAAACAGCUGAACUGCUGAAGCAACGCUUCGAUUACAUAUUCUAUACGGGAUCCACGCGCGUCGGCAAAAUUAUUCAUGCUGCAGCCAACAACUAUUUGACACCCACUACCCUUGAGCUGGGUGGCAAGAGCCCUUGCUACAUUGACAAGUCCGUGGAACUGCGCACAGCGGUGAAGCGCAUCUUGUGGGGAAAACUCAUCAAUUGCGGCCAGACAUGCAUUGCACCCGAUUACGUUCUGUGCUCCAAGGAGGUUCAGGAUAAAUUCGUGGAGGAAGCCAGGGAUGUGCUCAAGGAGUGGUACGGCGAAAGCAUACAGAGCAGUCCCGAUCUAAGUCGCAUCAUCAACCAAAACAAUUUCCAGCGACUUCUUGGACUGAUGAAGUCGGGACGUGUUGCAUUGGGUGGCAAAUACGAUGUCAGCGAGAAGUUUAUUGAGCCCACAAUUCUGGUUGAUGUGAAGCCCGAUGAUCCCAUCAUGGAGGAGGAAAUCUUCGGCCCAAUCUUGCCCAUUUACACAGUCGAGAAUGCCUACGAUGCGAUUAAGUUCAUCAAUGCCAGAGAAAACCCACUCGUCCUGUAUAUUUUCACAACGGAAACAGAUGUGCUCGAUCUGUUCGUUAACGGCACACAAUCGGGCGGAAUGUGCGUGAAUGACACGAUAAUGCAUUAUGCCGUUGACACAAUUCCCUUCGGUGGUGUUGGCAUGAGCGGCAUGGGCAGCUAUCAUGGCAAAUUUGGAUUCGACACGUUUACACACAAGAAGUCGUGUCUGGGCAAGAAUCUGGCAGCGAUUGGCGAAAAGAUGGCAUCAGCUCGUUAUCCACCUUACUCGGAUCGCAAAGCCUCGCUGCUCUCUUUCCUGUUACGCAAACGCCGCCCGCUUCCGAACUUGUAUCUUUCGCAUGUGCUCGCGGUUGGUCUUGGCGUGGGAUUGACGGUGCUUGCCAAUUAUUACCUACAGGGCAAGCUGUUGUCGCGUUAAAAAUAAAACACAAUUUAUACAUCAAUGGCGGAUAUAAAUCGUUGCACCAUGAGCCAGUGGACUUUUAAUUACAUUUACAUUUGGAAUACAUCGCA